AUGACCGAUCACCACCCCCGGUUCGACCAAAUCCGGUCCACUUCCCAGAUCCUCAAACAAACCGCCGUGCAUAUCACCGCCCACUCUUUCACAUUCAUUUCCCUCGCUUUUCUCCUCUUCUCUUUCCGUUCCUUAGUCGAAUCCGGUUCCCUCCUCACUUUCUUUAUCGACAAUGACCUCGCUCUCAAAUCCCUUCUUUCCCGCCUCGAUUUUCCCCUUUCCCACCCGCACGCGCGUCUUCACCCCGCUCACCGUCACACGCGUCGUCCUUUCCUUCACCUCACCCGUGUCGGUACUCUCGACGAUGACUUAUUUUCUUCCGACGACGAUCACUCGGACCGCUCCCUCUUCGGUUCUUACCCAAAUCGUCCUAUCAAUGGCACGCCGUUGAUUCUUUCCAACUUCGACCCUCAAUUGGGGUUCUCGCGUUUAGUAACGGAUAACGGGAUUGUGUUGCCGGAAAUUGUUCGUUACGGAAUCAAAUUCAAGACUACGUCGUUCGAAUAUGAAAAGAAUGAAGGGGAACAACAAGAGGAAAGGAGUGAGGAUGUUCGGUUCGUUUAUACAGGAUUGGGCCGUCAAGAUGCAGCGACGCUCUUUUUUCUUGUCAGCUUGUUAUCGUUUUCGUAUGGAUGGGUAAUUCUAGGGUUUACAACGAUUUACUCUUUGGUUUUGGGUGUUCUCUUUGUUACAAUUGUUAAUGAUUUGAUUGGAAGAUUUGACUCUUUCUUUGGUGCUUUUUGGGUUGGGUCAAAAUGGGUUUGA